AGCUCUAUUUGUCAUUUUGUGUUGACGUUCCUUAUUCACUAAAUUUUUGCUGUUUAACUCGUGGCGUGUGUAUUCUCUGAUUUUGCUGCUUAAUUAUCCACACAAAAGAUGCCUGGUGUUGAUACGAUUAAAUCCUCUUGGGCCGAUGAGGUAGAGCUCGACUAUGGAGGACUGCCACCUACCACUGAGACCAUUGAAAACGGCUACAAAUACGUCACAGAAUAUAAAUACAACAAAGAUGACAAAAAGGUAAAAGUUGUGCGUACCUAUAAAAUAUCCAAGCAAGUCGUGCCAAAAACUGUAGCCAAACGUCGUACAUGGUCAAAAUUCGGUGACUCAAAGAAUGACAAACCCGGUCCAAAUUCACAAACCACAAUGGUGUCCGAAGAAAUCUUCAUGCAAUUCCUUAAUUCCAAAGAAGAGGAGAAAGCCAAUGAUCCUCUUCUGGAUCCAACAAAGAACAUCGCCAAGUGUCGUAUUUGUAAUGGUGAGCAUUGGUCGGUUAAUUGUCCGUACAAGGGUACAGCCAUGGAUACGAAUUUAAUGGAAAAGAAAGCUGCUGCCGCCGCUACAGCGGCAGUCGAAGCGCCCAAAUCUGGCAAGUAUGUUCCACCCUUCCUUAAGGACAGCCAAAAAGGUGGUAUAGGCAUGCGAGGACGUGAUGAUACCGCAGCUAUCCGCAUUUCCAAUUUGUCCGAGUCUAUGACUGAAGCCGAUCUGGAUGAGUUGGUAAAAAAAAUUGGUCAGCACAGCAAAAUGUAUUUGGCGCGCGACAAGAAUACCGGUCUCUGCAAAGGUUUUGCUUAUGUGCAUUUCAAACAACGUAAGGAUGCCGCCGCUGCUAUUGAAAUUCUCAAUGGGCACGGCUAUGAUCACUUGAUUUUGAAUGUGGAAUGGUCGAAGCCGCAAACCAACUGAUCGACAAUGACAAGGGAUGUUAAUGUGGCAAGAGAUCAGCAGCGGCAGCAGCAACAUUAAAAUAAUUUUAUAUUAUAAAAAAGAAGAAUCGGAUAUAUGUAUAUUUACGUGUAUAUUUAGAAUUUCAUGCGUUGUCUUACAGCAAUGACACUUGCAAAAGGCAUUAAUUAAUGAUCAAAUAAAUAAUCCAAGAAUAUGAUAUCUCAAACUGUA